UCGUCACGUGAUCCGCGUCCUUUCGCGUACGUCACACGUCGCGUGCGAUUUAAAUCCCGCUUGUCCCGUCGACCCGAAGACGAGAAAGAUGGGCAAGACGAGAGGCGUCCACGAGACAACCCCCGAAUUGAGGAAUCGGAUGGUGGGAAUGUACGAGGCCGGUCUGGGCCUUCGAGAGAUCGCCGCCGCGGUCAAUUGUUCGCAACGUACGGUGAAGAGAUGGCUGAAUAGAUUCGACAAGGAAGGCACGGUGGAGACACGGGAACGUUGCGGCCGCAAGAGAGCGACUACUGUAGAACAAGAUGAAGCAAUAAUUCGUUUGGCCACUCAAACGCCCAUAACGGCGGCAAAGGCAGUGCUUCCUGCAUUAGGUCUCACCUGUUCCGUGGAUACCGUGAGAGAAAGAUUGCACAAGGCUGGAAUCCACAACUGGAGCCCCUCGCGCAAAUACAUGCAAAGGAUUCCACUGGGUGAUGCAGACGGCGCAGCGAUUCAACAAGCGGUAUGGCGGCCGACCGGCACUCAAUUAGGCAAAAAGAAAAUUUCCAAAGACUCGAACAAGUCCGAAAAGAAUAAUGUUACAGUUAAAAAGAAGAAUCCAUCAAAAAAAGUAAGACCUCGAGAGGUGUACGUUGACGAUGGCGCACCGCCGGAAAGUCUGAAGCAGACUCAGAACACCGAACAACAACAGCAGCAACAACAACAGCAGCAGCAACAACAACAACAGCAGCAGCAACAACAACAACAGCAACAGCAAGAAUUUGUAUUUUCUCAACAAAACCUUCCUCCACUACCUUCCGCUCCUCAAGUUACCGAAAUGCAACCGUCUGUAUCCACGAGUCAAACGGAGUUUGGGAACGCGUUGAGUCUAGUGCAACAACCACAGCCCAUCUAUCAACAUCCAGGAUUGAGCAUGGUACAAAAUUGGCCGUUGGAUUUGGUGCAAGGAAGUCAUCAUUAUCCACAGGGACAACCAAAUCCCUUGCCUCAUGAGCAUCCACCACCGCCGACGCAACUGCAAGAGUUACACACACAGCAGGAACAGCAGCAUAUGCAGGCACAAGUACAGACGCGACUGCAAGAUCAAUCGCACCAGCAGAAUACUCAGUCUCAUCAUCACAAUCUUGAUCAACAACGACUGACCGUAGAGCAUCAAAUUCAGCAACAACAUCAGCACUUGCAGUCUGGCAGACCUAGUCCUGAACAGACGAACGAGAACGUAGGAUCGGACACGUGUAGUUCUAGCGAUUCAUUCGUCCUAAGAAUCAGUCGUUCCAAUAGCGAGUCGUCCUGCGAAUGUCAACAGAAUAAGAAAUCGUCGAAGAAAGGAAAGAAAUCAGGAACGGAACGGCAAAGGAAAACGAAGAAAGGCGGCAAAGCAAAGGGAACAUUAGAGACUAGCGUGGAGAUUAGGAAUCGUAUGAUCGGAAUGUCCGAAGCUGGACUGUCUACCUUGUCCAUUGCGCUGGCGAUCGAUAGAUCGGAACGUACUGUUAAAAGAUGGUUAGAACGUUGGCAUAAGGAAGGCAAUGUACAAACGAAGGAACGAAAGGGUCGACGUCGAAUUACUACCAAGGAACAGGACGAGGCCAUUAUCGCGAUGGCUACUCAGCAUCCUCUCACCGCCGCUAAAUAUGUAGCACCUGCGUUAGGUCUUAAGUGCAGCGUGGAUACAAUUAGAGAAAGGCUUCACAAAGCUGGGAUACAUAGCUGGAAGUUGGGCAAAAAGCAAGGCGAAGGCAAUGCAGUCCACACAGUCCAUUUGUGGCAACCAAGCGGCAAUCGUCCUAAUAAACCAAAAAUGCCGGGAGAAAAGAAAAAGAAGAGUAGCGAUAAAAAACGCAAUCCGAUAACAAAUAAUCAAAAACGUAUCGUGCGGAAGAAGAAGAGUAACGAGCCGCCGCCACCACCAAAAGCGAGUACACCUCCGGCAAACAUAAUACAGGAACAGCCUGCAUUACCGUUCCAUAAUCCCGGAAGCAUGGCAAAUUAUGUUUCGGGUCCUAACAUAAUGCAACCGGUGCAUAAUAUUGCCGCACCACCUCCCGCACUGCCGCAACCACAACCACCUCCGCCACCGCCAGCGCCGCAACUGAUGCAGCCGAUGGGCCCAAUAAUGCAACAGAGACCGGACUGCAGAUUAGCACCGAUAGUUCCACCCGUGUCGGGUCCGAGCAAUUCAGGCGUCGCCUAUCCAUCGUGCAUGGUCGGCGGCAGUAGUCACGCCAGUCACAUGGAGCAAACGGACCCUCUAAACUACGAACCAUAUAUUUGGAGUUUUUAAACACAUCAGUACGACAAUCUAUAUAUAACCGCAUAUAUAGGAUUGAAAAUUGAAAAGUUUAAUUGCAUUUGAACAAACUCCGUCAUUUAUUAGAGAUCCGCAAAAUUUCUAUGAAAAGGGUUCCGGCAAUUGAAAACAUUUGAGAAUCAGUGAUACAGAGAUUUUGUCAAUAUGGUUAAGAUAAGUAUUUAA